AUGUCUUUAUUUUUAACAAAAAAAAAUUUUUCCUUGAACACAAUUACAACAACAAAAAACAAGAAUUCUGUUAUUAUACCACCGUUGCUACUACUAUUAAUAAGAAAUAAUAGCAAUGCAAGCUUAUUUCACACAACCAAUUCAAAUAGGAAAAAAAGUUUUGUAGCAGUAACAGCAACUAAUAAUAAUUAUAAUUCGAAUAAAAAUCCAUAUUUAAUAUCUAACGAUAAAGCUCGAAACAAUAAUAACAGUAGCAACAGCAACAAUACUAAUUCUGCCGAUGAUACCAAUAAUCAAUUAUCUUCUUCAUCAACAGUAAUAAAUCGAGAAUGGACUCCUAAUUCUAUUAGAGUAGGCACUAUUGCUCGUAAAAAAGGUAUGACGGCUAUAUGGGACGAAUGGGGUGUAAGACUCCCAGUCACCAUACUACAGUUGGAGAAUGUUCAAGUUAUCCAAGUUAAAUUAGAAAAUAAAUUUUUUAGACCUGGUUUGAUUGGGAUACAAUUGGGUUGUACAGAUAAAACAAAAAAUGUUGAAAUGAAAUUAAUAGGCCAUUUUCAUAAAGCUAAUAUCACACCAAAAGAAUCCUUGAAGGAGUUUCUUGUGACUUCAGAUGCUAUCUUACCUGAACAAGAAUAUCAGCAGCACAUUUUAAUCGGUAAGGGUUUUGCUGGUGUGAUGAAACGUUGGAAUUUCAAAGGUAUGCCAGCUUCACAUGGGACUUCUUUGUCUCAUCGUUCAGCUGGUUCUACUGGCCAACGUCAGGACCCAGGUAGAGUUUUCAAAGGUAAAAAAAUGGCUGGUAGACUAGGUGGAACAUUUGUAACAGUUAAAAAUCUUAAAGUUUUAAAAAUUGAUAAUUAUCUAGAUAUCAUAUAUGUGAAGGGUGCAGUUCCUGGACCAGAUAAUAGUUUUGUUAAAAUUAGAGACUCAUUGUUUAAAAAAGGUGGAUGUUUCCCACCAGAUUGUCUGCCACCUCCAUUUCCAACUGUUAUGAAGAAUCAUGAGGAUUUAUUAAAUACUGUUCCUAGAGAGUUGGUAGCCAAAUCUGGUGGUACUGAUCCUUUUAUCCCCAAAGAGUCUUAA